AUGCGUCCAUCUACUAAUAUAACUUCACCAACACCAUCAACUGUUACAGCAACUGAUAUUUCGACAGCAAGUACACCAGUGAUGGCUAUUGAACGUCAAAAUAUAGGACGUGCACCAACUGUACAUGGUCAAAUAGCGGCUAAUCGAAAAAAGCUUGCCUUUAUACAAAUUCAAGAUGAUGACUAUGAUGAAGAACAAUUCAAAAAACUUUCUAAUCGACAAAAAACAAAAAAUCUAAAAAUAUAG